AAGAAACAAUGGCGACAGAAUCUCCACGCCGCCCUAGUCGAUGUACUGGAGGAGUGGUUGUUCGCCCACAAGCCGUCACGGAACAGUCAUACAUGGAAAGCGUUGUUACGUUUCUUCAAGAUGUUGUGCCACAGGCCUACAGCGGUACCCCACCAGCAGAAGAAAAGGAGAAGAUCAUUUGGGUCAGAUUUGAAAAUGCAGAUUUAAAUGAUACAUCAAGGAAUAUGGAGUUUCAUGAAAUACAUAGCACCGGCAAUGAACCACCGUUACUGCUAAUGAUCGGAUACAGUGAUGGAAUGCAAGUCUGGAGCAUACCUAUCAGUGGUGAAGCUCAGGAGCUCUUUUCUGUCCGCCAUGGUCCAGUUCGAGCUGCACGGAUUUUACCGGCUCCACAAAUCAGUGCUCAGAAAUGUGAUAAUUUUUCUGAGAAGCGUCCUCUUCUUGGUGUGUGCAAAAGCAUUGGAUCUUCUGGCACAAGCCCACCUUACUGCUGUGUGGACCUAUAUUCUUUACGAACAGGAGAGAUGGUCAAGUCCAUACAGUUCAAAACUCCUAUUUAUGAUCUGCACUGCAAUAAAAGGAUACUUGUUGUAGUCCUGCAAGAGAAAAUUGCCGCCUUUGACAGCUGUACUUUCACCAAAAAAUUCUUCGUUACAAGCUGCUAUCCUUGUCCAGGGCCAAACAUGAAUCCCAUUGCUCUUGGAAGCCGUUGGCUUGCUUAUGCAGAAAAUAAGCUGAUCCGAUGCCAUCAAUCCCGUGGUGGAGCCUGUGGAGACAACAUUCAGUCUUAUACUGCCACAGUCAUUAGUGCUGCCAAAACGAUAAAGACUGGACUUACAAUGGUUGGGAAAGUAGUUACGCAGCUGACAGGGACGCUGCCUUCAGGAGCAACUGAAGAAGAAAUUUUAGCUCAUAGCAACAUUCGUCGAAGUCCGCUGGUGCCUGGAAUCAUCACUAUCAUUGAUACGGAGACAGUUGCAGAAGGGCAGGUACUAGUCAGCGAGGACUCUGAUAGUGAUGGUAUCGUGGCCCACUUCCCUGCGCAUGAAAAGCCUAUUUGCUGCAUGGCUUUUAACCCUAGUGGGAUGUUGCUGGUCACUACUGACACAUUAGGCCAUGAUUUCCAUGUUUUUCAAAUACUGACACAUCCUUGGUCAUCAUCACAAAGUGCCGUCCAUCAUUUGUAUACACUUCACAGGGGAGAGACUGAAGCCAAAGUACAAGAUAUCUCCUUCAGCCAUGACUGUCGUUGGGUUGUGGUCAGCACGCUUCGUGGCACUUCCCAUGUUUUUCCUAUCAAUCCGUACGGCGGCCAGCCCUGUGUCCGAACACACAUGUCACCCCGGGUGGUCAAUCGCAUGAGCCGAUUCCAAAAGAGUGCGGGGUUGGAAGAGAUCGAGCAAGAGCUGACAUCCAAACAAGGAGGACGCUGUAGCCCUGUUCCAGGCCUGUCAAGCAGCCCAUCUGGCUCACCACUCCACGGUAAAUUGAACAGCCAAGACACUUACAAUAACUUCACAAACAAUAAUCCGGGGAACCCUCGACUCCUGCCUCUUCCAAGCUUGACUGUGGUGUUGCCUCUUGCUCAAAUCAAACAGCCAAUGACAUUAGGGACCAUCACCAAACGCACAGGACCUUACCUGUUUGGAGCAGGAUGUUUUUCCAUAAAAGCUCCAUGCAAAUCCAAACCAGCUCCACAGAUUUCACCCAGUAAGUCUGUGGGAGGAGAGUUUUGUGUCGCUGCAGUCUUUGGAUCAUCAAGGUCAUGGUUUGCAAACAAUCCUGGUCUGAAAAGAGAAAAAGAUCAAUCAAAACAGUUUGUAGUGGAGUCGUUGUAUAUUAUCAGUUGUUACGGUAGCCUGGUGGAGCACGUAUUGGAACCACGUCCGCUCAGCACUGCUCCGAAGAUUAGUGAUGACACACCUUUGGAAAUGAUGACAUGCCCAAGAGCCAGCUGGACGUUGGUUAGAACUCCUCAGUGGAAUGAACUCCAACCACCAUUUAAUGCAAACCAUCCACUGCUCCUGGCUGCAGAUGCCGUACAGUACUACCAGUAUCUUCUUGCUGGCUUGGUUCCACCAGGGAGCCCUGGCCCCAUCACUCGACACGAGUCAUACGACAGCUUGGCAUCUGACCACAGCGGGCAAGAGGAUGAGGAGUGGCUGUCACAGGUCGAAAUAGUGACUCACACUGGGCCGCAUCGACGCCUAUGGAUGGGCCCACAGUUCCAGUUCAAAACAAUCCACCCCUCGGGCCAAACUACCGUCAUUUCAUCCAGUUCUUCAGUGCUGCAGUCGCAUGGUCCCAGUGAUACCCCGCAGCCUCUUCUGGACUUUGAUACAGAUGAUCUUGAUCUCAACAGUCUCAGGAUUCAGCCAGUUCGCUCAGAACCUGUUAGCAUGCCGGGGUCAUCACGUCCAGUUUCUGAUCGCAGAGGAGGUUCAACAGUGAUUGAUGCUACCUCAGGUGCCUUUGACCGGAGCGUGACCUUGCUGGAGGUGUGUGGGAGCUGGCCCGAGAACUUCGGUCUCCGUCACAUGUCUUCCAUGGAGCACACUGAAGAGGGCCUUCGGGAGCGCCUGGCCGAUGCGAUGUGCGAGUCUCCCAGCAGGGACAUAGUGGGAUCAGGAACAGACACAGCCGGUGAAGUAGCAGUAAAAAACAUCACCACAAAGAGGCACAUGGCUUUGAAAUGUUUUGAGCUUCAGCGAGAGGGAAGCAUAGAGACGCUCAGUAACAGCUCCGGUUCCACCAGCGGCAGUAUCCCACGCAACUUCGAUGGCUACAGAUCGCCCCUCCCGACUAACGAAAACCAGCCCCUCAGCCUUUUCCCCACGGGAUUCCCCUAAAUUAGCCGAACAUCCGAGGAGAGAUCCAGACAGGGUAACGAGCCGCCUCU